AUGCCUAGGUCCAGGCGCAAUGUCAAGUUUCAACAUCGAGGCAGUGAUGCCUCAGAAGGGAGAAGACACAGUGUUUCUGAAGUGAGCGACGCGACUUCUGAGGUCUCGGGCCAGGCAAGAAACAGUGCAGUUGCUAAAGGAGCAGCUGAGCAGCCAACGCCGUCAGAAUACGAGAAGAAAAAGCAAACCUUCAUCACCCGAACAAUAUGGACUUUUAUUAUGAUUGCAGGCUUUUUCGGAGCCAUGUUCGCUGGGCAUAUCUACAUUAUCGCUAUCAUCACCUCUGUGCAGAUCAUCUCUUUCAAGGAGGUCAUUGCCAUUGCCAAUGUUCCCAGCCAUGCACGAAGAAUCCGUUUCACCAAGUCACUGAACUGGUACUUCCUCGCAACCACCAUGUACUUCCUUUACGGAGAGAGUGUUAUUUACUACUUUAAGCACAUUGUUUUGGUAGACAAAAUGCUCUCUCCUUUGGCUACUCACCACCGCUUUAUCAGCUUCAUGCUCUAUGUCAUUGGUUUCGUCUUCUUCGUGAGCUCCUUGCAAAAGGGACACUACAGAUUCCAAUUCACACAGUUCGCCUGGACACACAUGGCGCUUUACUUGAUUGUAGUUCAAGCGCAUUUUAUCAUGAACAACAUUUUCGAAGGAAUGAUUUGGUUCUUCCUGCCCGUGUCUUUGGUUAUCACCAACGAUAUUUUCGCCUAUAUCUGUGGAAUCGCCUUUGGUCGCACCCAGCUCAUCAAGCUGUCUCCAAAGAAAACCGUUGAAGGAUUCGUUGGAGCUUGGAUCUUCACUAUCAUUUUCGGUGUUGGUUUAACGAAUGCUCUCAUGCGCUACAAGUACUUUAUCUGCCCAGUCAACGACCUGGGUGCAAAUAUCUUCACUGGACUGGAGUGCACUCCGAAUCCCGUCUUUAUUCCCGAAGCCUGGAAAUUGCCUUACUGGACGCACGUCAACCGCACCUUCGACAUUGCACCUAUCCAGUUUCACAUCCUCGUCUUCGCCACUUUUGCCUCUCUUAUUGCUCCCUUUGGCGGUUUCUUCGCGUCUGGUCUCAAGCGGACAUUCAAGAUUAAGGACUUUGGCGAGUCGAUUCCCGGUCAUGGAGGCAUCACGGACCGCAUGGACUGCCAAUUCAUUAUGGGUUUCUUCGCAUUCGUUUACUAUCAGAGCUUCAUUGCCGUCUACAAGACUUCGGUCGGUGGUGUCAUCGAAACCGCUAUCAAUGGCCUUACGCCUGAGGAACAGAUGGAGGUUGUCAAGGGCCUGACCAAAUAUCUCUUCAACCAAGGUGCAGUCAAAGAGACUACUCUCAAAUGCCUUGAAUCUCAGUUCGGCAAAAGAUGA